AUGGUCUUCUACUUCAAAGCUCGAUCCGAAGUUGGCGAUUACACCAUUUUCAUGGGGCUCGACAAGUUCGAGAACGAGGAGCUCAUCAAAUAUGGCUUCCCCGAAGACAUUUGGUUCCAUGUGGAUAAAAUGUCUUCUGCCCAUGUUUAUGUUAGACUGCACAAAGGACAGACCAUUGAUGGUAUAAGUGAAGGUUUACUGGAGGAUUGCGCACAGCUUGUCAAAGCAAAUUCCAUCCAGGUGAACAAUGUCGAUGUUGUUUACACUCCCUGGUCCAAUUUGAAGAAAACUGCCUCCAUGGAUGUUGGUCAAGUUGGUUUCUACAAUUCAAAGAUGGUUCGAACUGUGAGAGUGGAGAAGCGGAUUAAUGAGGUAGUUAAUAGAUUGAACAGGACAAAAGUGGAAAGGAAGCCUGAUUUAAAAGCUGAGCGAGAAGCGGUCAAUGCAGCAGAAAGAGCUGAGAGAAAGCAGCUGCUGAGGGACAAGGUAAGUUCCUCCUCCUCCCUUGGCCAAUAUGAGAAACGACGUGAGGAGAUGGAAAGGCUUGAGAAGGAGAGACAAGCAGAGCUAAGGAGUUACAAAGGCUUGAUGGUUUCUGAAAAUAUGACAUCUAACAAACAAAUUGCAUCGGCAAACAAGUCAUUGCAGGAACUGGAAGAGGACUUCAUGUAA